AGCGCCCGCGCCUCCUCAAAAAGCUCGUCACUCCCCAAAACACCGGCCAAGCCUCAACCCCCUUCAUUCGCAUCCAACAUGACUCUCGCCGUUGACCUCCUCAACCCCUCCGCCGGUGCUGAAACCCGCAGGCACAAGCUCAAGCGUCUUGUGCAGUCGCCCAACUCAUACUUCAUGGACGUUAAGUGCCCAGGGUGCUUCGCCAUCACCACCGUCUUCUCGCACGCACAGACUGUCGUCCUCUGCGGCGCAUGCGCCAGUGUGCUCUGCCAGCCUACUGGUGGUAAGGCAAGGUUGACUGAGGGGAGCUCGUACCGCCGGAAGAACUAAGCAGACUGGUCUCUCUCCGUCCUGUAUCGUAUCUACCCUGCCUUGCAUCUCCUGCCAUCGGUUCUCUAUCGCAUUGUCUAGCUCGCACGCUCACGCACACACCCACAACAAACUCGCUGUUUUCGCCUGCCGGGCGCCCGUCCAUCCCCAUGCCUCUCCCAUCCUCCUGCUAUGUUCGAUAUGUGCCUCCCGACAUGCAUAGUGCUCGCUCUUUUUCUUUGUUCUCUCAUAAAUGUGCUAUGCUGUACCAUUUCUGAUCGGAACAUGGACGAGUCGCCCUCCC